AUGACGACGAACGCACCGUCGCCCCAGCGACGAACUGCGCCCGCGCCAGCGCUGGCGUAUACCGCCAGCGACGCCGGCGCCGAUAGCGCCUAUAAGCCGCCGGCGCCCAUGGCGCCCGUGGCAGCGCCCAUGACAGCGCCCACAGCGGCGCCCACGGCGGCGCCAAUGGCGCCCAUGGCGCAAACCUAUGACGUCGAUUACACCCUCAGAAACCGAGGCAACGACGACGAAUUGGCGCCGACAGUGCCCCGCGAGCCCGCGAUCGGUGCCAACUUGCCCCCCCAUUUCGACUACUCGUUCCAGCCGCCAAUGGCGGUGAUGGCGACCCCUGUGUACCCCCAGUACUCGCUGAUCUAUGACGCGGCGCCGGCGCCGGUGUACUACUACGCCAACGACGGCGCCGAGGCGAUGCGUGGAGGGUGGGACCCGGCGCCGGCGCCGGGCCCAGCGCCCCACAGCAAUGUCCCCUACCAAGCCCAAGUGCCGCCAGCGCCGCAAGCAACAGUGCCAGGCCCGCCAGUGUCAGCGCCAGUGUCGGCGCCAGGGCGCCCCGUUCACGACGCCGCGCCCCGAGACCCUGAUACCAGCGGUCAGGCGCAACCGCCAGCGCUGACGGGCGCCAAUGACAGUAGUCUCAGCGCUGGCGCCGGGGCGCCGGCGCUGCCGCCGCUGGCCGCGAGCUCGGCGCUGGCGUCGCUGCUGCUGCUGCUGGCGCUGGAGGCGCCGUCGCUCGCUAAUUCGCUGGCGCUGCUGAUAGCGCUGCUGGCGCUGGCGCCCGCCACUUUAGUCGGCACCACCACCAUGGUCAACCUGAACCCCGAGUACGCGGCGCCCGUCGUCGACGCCGUGUUUGUCGACCCGCGCCUGUGCACGGUGUGCGGGCGGCGCAUACUCCGCGACAUGGCGCGCCACAUGCGCACCCAUCAGGAGACGCCGCGGUUCGUGUGUAUGUUUCACACCAUGGGCAAGUGCACCCACAAGCUGGGGCGGUUUAACCGUCCUUACGACUUUAAGAAACACUUGCUUAAUCGUCAUUUCAAAUUUGAUGACCCUAAGAUCAAACAGAUGCACAAUUUGAGUGAUAAAUUGGACCAUUUCGGCGAGUGCGGGUGUGGGUUUAAGGGAGAUGGUAAGCGGUGGUUAGAUGACCACAUGUUGACUCUGAAACCGACGAGGUGUAGCAUGUUGCUGUAG